AGGAUUUUUUUUUUUCUUUUACAGGCUGGACGAAAAGAAAGAAGUGAUGCCCUUAAUUCUGCAAUAGAUAAAAUGACAAAAAAGACCAGGGAUUUACGAAGACAGCUCCGCAAAGCUGUCAUGGACCAUGUUUCAGAUUCAUUCUUGGAAACUAAUGUGCCACUUUUGGUAUUGAUUGAGGCUGCAAAGAAUGGAAAUGAGAAAGAAGUUAAAGAGUACGCUCAAGUUUUCCGUGAACAUGCAAAUAAACUUAUUGAGGUGGCUAACUUAGCCUGUUCUAUUUCAAACAAUGAAGAAGGUGUGAAGCUGGUUCGAAUGUCUGCAAGCCAACUGGAAGCCCUCUGUCCUCAGGUUAUUAAUGCUGCAUUGGCUUUGGCUGCAAAACCACAAAGUAAACUGGCCCAGGAGAAUAUGGAUCUUUUUAAAGAACAGUGGGAAAAGCAAGUCCGGGUUCUAACAGACGCUGUUGAUGACAUUACUUCCAUUGAUGAUUUCCUGGCUGUUUCAGAGAAUCACAUUUUAGAAGAUGUAAACAAGUGUGUAAUUGCUCUCCAAGAAAAAGAUGUUGAUGGUCUAGACCGCACUGCUGGUGCCAUCCGGGGUCGAGCAGCCAGAGUUAUUCAUGUUGUCACUUCAGAGAUGGAUAACUAUGAACCUGGAGUCUACACUGAAAAGGUUCUUGAGGCUACCAGAUUGCUUUCUAAUACAGUUAUGCCACGUUUUACUGAGCAAGUAGAGGCUGCUGUGGAAGCUCUCAGUUCUGAUCCCGCCCAACCAAUGGAUGAAAAUGAAUUUAUUGAUGCCUCACGAUUGGUCUAUGAUGGCAUUAGAGACAUCAGAAAAGCUGUGUUGAUGAUAAGGACUCCUGAAGAGUUGGAUGAUUCUGACUUUGAGACAGAAGACUUUGAUGUUAGAAGUAGAACAAGCAUCCAAACUGAAGAUGAUCAGCUCAUUGCUGGCCAAAGUGCACGGGCUAUCAUGGCCCAGCUUCCCCAAGAACAGAAGGCUAAAAUUGCUGAGCAGGUGGCCAGCUUUCAAGAAGAAAAGAGCAAACUGGAUGCUGAAGUAUCCAAAUGGGAUGAUAGUGGCAAUGACAUUAUUGUCCUGGCCAAACAGAUGUGCAUGAUCAUGAUGGAGAUGACAGAUUUCACCAGAGGUAAAGGACCGCUUAAAAAUACAUCAGAUGUAAUUAGUGCAGCUAAGAAAAUUGCUGAGGCAGGAUCAAGGAUGGAUAAGUUGGGAAGAACCAUUGCAGACCAUUGCCCGGAUUCGGCCUGCAAACAGGACCUGCUGGCCUACCUGCAGCGUAUCGCCCUGUACUGCCACCAGCUCAACAUCUGCAGCAAAGUCAAAGCCGAGGUGCAGAACCUGGGCGGGGAGCUGGUCGUCUCUGGGGUGGACAGUGCAAUGUCCCUGAUCCAAGCAGCCAAGAACCUGAUGAAUGCUGUGGUACAGACGGUGAAGGCUUCCUACGUGGCCUCCACCAAGUACCAGAAGUCCCAGGGGAUGGCUUCUCUUAACCUUCCCGCUGUGUCCUGGAAGAUGAAGGCCCCAGAAAAGAAGCCCUUGGUGAAGAGAGAAAAGCAGGAUGAAACCCAGACGAAAAUCAAGCGGGCGUCUCAGAAGAAGCAUGUGAAUCCUGUGCAAGCCCUCAGUGAGUUCAAGGCCAUGGACAGUAUCUAGAGGAGCCUCAGCUGCUCACACCCCAUCACUGUCUCCUCCAAACUAAUGACUUCAGAUGGCUUCUGCAAAUCAUAGACAUUUCCUGUUCAUUCAAAUGUAUUUACUUAAUAUAAUGUUGAUAUUAGAUGCUGUGGAAAUAGAUUUUCUUUUUAAACCUGACCAUGUGAUGCCAGUAUGAGAAAGCUUGUAUUUCAGUGGAGGAUGCUUUUAGAUUCCAGAAGCAUUAUUUCUGGUAGCAUUUUUUAAAAAAAAGUAAGCUUGAAAAAACCAUAACCAAAGAGAUUGCUACCAUGAUGUGUCUAUCUCCAUGACUGAAGGUUUGCAUUGUGAUUGAGGUUUGUGUUCUCAUCAGUGAACAAAAAGGUGGGAACUGUUAUUUUUACUAUUCAAGUGGGGAAUUGGUAAGAAAAUAUACCCUAUUAUACAACUUUCUAACUCAAAGCUUUUAUAUUUUUAGAAGAGAGCACUUGGGUAUAUUUUACUGUAGAGAAGGCUGUCUUCAAAAAAACUAGUUUGGACAUACAUAGACUUAUUAAACUAAAAGGUGAAACUACAGCACGUAGGCCUGCCAACUCAGGAGUGUUUACCGAGGUUGGCAAUAGCCUCUGUGUAAGGGAUCUUAUCUCAUGUAUGUCUGCAAAAUGACAAUCUAUAAGAAAUUCAGUAAAAUAUGCAUCAUGAAGAAAACUGAUUACUCUCUUUAGGACACAGGAUGAGAAUUUUUAAUGCUUGGUUACAAAUUACUAAUGUACUUUGCUGCAGGACAUUAAUAAAAUUGCUCUUUCCAGCCAGUGUGUUGUGGUGCUGUAAUAGUAACAUCGUUUUUGCUUUCUCUCAGUAUUCAAAUGCAAAUUUGUCAUUGUACUCAUCUCUAAUAAUUGCAGUGUUUCCUGCCUUGGGCUUAUAAAAGAAGCUUUGCAAAAUAGUGUUUAUUCAGGCAAUAAUUUCAACUUUACAUUAUUUGUGAUUACUAUAGCUAUUACUAUAGCUACAAGGUAUAUAAUCUUACUGUCUUAUUUAAAUUUUAUGAAUUUGAAUAUUUUUUACACCAACUUUUCCCAAUAAAGUGCAUGAUGAAAUCUA